AAAGAAAAAAGAAAAAAGAAAAAAGAAAAAAGAAAGAAACAAGUGUGCGUGGGUGCAUCCAAGGCGGUGAAGGAGGAAAGCAAUGGCGGAAAAGCGGUGUUGUUUUCUAUUCUGAGACACGAAAUUAACGGUUAAAACGGAACGAAGCUGUAACAUAAAGUAGAGCUUCGACUUCACAUUCCCUUCACAUUCCGUUGAAUACAUAUCGCACUUCAACUCCCUCUCACGCGAAGAGGGAGUUCCGCUUUGGAUCUCUCUCUUCCUUUCUUUCAAUUUUCCAGAUCUGCUUUUCCCUUCACUCGCAAGAUGGUUGCUCACAAAUUCGCCGUUGAUUUGAAUAAGCCCCUUGUUUUUCAGGUUGGGCAUCUCGGAGAAGCCUAUGAUGAAUGGGUUCACCAGCCUAUCAUAAGCAAAGAAGGCCCUCGUUUUUUCCAAAACGCUUUUAUGGAGCUUUUGACGCGCACUCCGUGGUACGUGAUUCCAACCGUGUGGGUGCCAGUUGCGAGUUGGUUCAUUUCUUGCUCUGUAAAAGUAGGGCUACCUUCUCGUGAUGUUACUCUGUUCGUCAUUCUUGGCAUCUUCUUUUGGACUUUGGCCGAAUACACAUUGCAUCGUUUUCUUUUCCACAUUCAAACCACCAGCUACUGGGGAAACACCUUGCAUUAUCUUCUCCAUGGUUGCCACCAUAAGCACCCAAUGGAUAGCAUGAGACUCGUUUUCCCCCCUGCAGCUGCCGCUAUAUUAGCCAUUCCGUUCUGGAACUUGGUGAAGGUUGUAAGCACCCCUGAAACUGCUCCUGCUAUGUUUGGAGGUAUUUUGUUGGGCUAUGUGAUGUAUGAUUGCACCCAUUACUACUUGCACCAUGGUCAACCAAAGUCUGCAGUGCCCCAAAAGCUCAAGAAAUACCACUUAAAUCAUCAUUAUCGGCUUCACAGCUAUGGCUUCGGAAUCACUUCACCGCUGUGGGAUAAGGUUUUCGGAACAGUUCCUCCUCCAUCAAAGGUGUAUGCCAAACGUAGAUAAAUUACUGUCGAAGCUGCUUUUGUUCUUUGAUUAAGCUCAUAGUCAAUUCAGGAGUUCAAACAAAACAUGUCAAUAAUUUAUGUUUUGUUUCUCUAAUUAUUUUUAUCCUUAAUUGAUGUUUCUGAGGGUUAAAGUGUCACCAUCUUGUGUCAAACAUCCUGUAAAAUUUGAUAAUAUAUAUCAAUUUUUUG